AGGAACUACAGCUGAAUUAUCAAGUGCUUUCAUUCCGACUGAAGAAGUCGUCGAAAUUGAGAGAGUUGCCAUCGAAUCCCAGAAGUAAGCGAAAACGGUACUACAGGUACAAUAUUCGACCACUUCGACGAUACGAUAAGCAGUAAGCACUUGACCUGGUUGCCAAAUCACACGCCGAGACCAAAGACCUAAGAGAUGAUAUUUGGUAUCUGUCAGAAGGCUCUUAACCUCCAGCAGAGGGCUAUCCGAUAUUCCAAGUAGUUCGUCUUGGGGAACAAGCCGAGGCCAGUCAGAAUAUUAUUAAAUUGCAGCCAUAUGCAAUUCCAAAUGGCCUCGCUGGGGUCGGAUUACAUCCCAUCCUGCAUUGGGCUCCUACGCCCAAAUAUCUGCUCCGUCUUCACUCUCUCUCCCUAGAUCAGCCAUAUCGUAAAUUACCAUACACCUUUCCCUGCCUAGUGGUUUGCGGUUAUUCAAUUCCAGGGUUUGUCUUAAUGAGCUCGCUUCCAGCAACUAUUAUCAUUCCUGCCUUAGACAUCAUUACGGAAGAGCUCAACAUCACGACUACUGUUUGAAGACCUGUAGUUCUGUCAAUCUUCUAAUUGGCUACAUUAUUAAACACUUGUUCAUGGUGCUUUGUCUGAGAUUUUUGGAGCCGAAGGUUGAUGCUGCAGCCAUUCAACUUUGUGUUUCUGGUCUUCAACUCUGCGCGCGGCGUUGCAAGGGCUGUCGAGCAACUCCAUUCCUUGAAGUACUUUGCCGGGCUCUUUGGGGGUUGUACCCCGAGAACUAUCUCUUAGCUUCAACCUUUAAGAUUGAAGCUAAAGCAGGAACUCUCAGAGACUUGUUCAAUCCCAAUGAAGGUGGUAAGGCCAUGGUGUUUUACAUAUUCCCUCUUGUCGGCCAAGUCCUGGGCCCCAUUGCAGGAGGUUUCCUAACCGGCUGUAUCCAUCUUUUCUGGUCUUACUGGUGUUAUUUACCUGUGGAGGUUUGAGCAUAUGUGCGAAGGGAAAAGAGCCCGGACUGUGAUAGUCGCGAUGUAGAUGAGUGGUGAGUUGUAGUUGUAGCAGUGGCAUGCAGAAAAA